UGACUAGUCGACCAGUUCUACCUGUUCCGAGCAGCAAGACAGACGCAGAUUCAUUUCUCUCCGGAACACGUACACUGCCGGUUCUCUCUCGUUCGAUUUUUCUUCUACUCAGACCCUAAACGCAGUGAGUGAUAUUCGAGACGAGCGCAAGGGGAGAAGAAAAAAAAAGGAAAUAACAAGUUUUUGAAAACUUGUUUCUUUCCAAUUUUUUUUUUUUUUUUCAAAAAGAGAACGAAAUCCAUCCAUCCCCCUUUCAAAAAAAUCAGAGAGAGAGGGGCAAAAGAUAACCUACAAGUUGUUUUUCGUUGGGUUUGGGUUUCCUUUUCGAAAACGCGGAGCUCACACACACACACACAAACUGUCAGAAAGUAAUUGGCUACCGGCGACGAAUAGUCCAGUUCCCAACAAGAGUGCCCGCGUUGUUGUGUCGUAAUCAAAGUGAUAGUAUUUUUAUUUUUUUAUUUUUAAUAUAAGUGCGUGUCUGUUUUCAUAUCUGUGAGAUUGUGAUUGUGGAUCCCAUCCCCCCACACCCCCCGUCUAGCAGAAGAAGCAGUGUGGAUGUGCUAAAUUAUUAAGAAAAAAUUUGCAUUUUGAAUUAAGAAAAGAAGAAGACGCACUUUUUUCCCCCGCAAAAAACAACAACAACGAAACAACAAAAAAGUUGAAGCUUCUCAUCAAAAAAAGGAGAUCAUGGGUCGAAUGAAAUCGUUGCAGCCGACCGAAGCCGGAAUCCACAACCUGUUUUCAGUCCGAUACCGCCGGCUGGUCGACGAGAACAAUCACCACAACAACAACAACAACAACAACAUCAAUAACAAUAAUAAUCACCAUCAUCAUCACAACAACAACAACAACGCCCAAGUGGUCAUGCAGAAUUUGAUCCGCAUGAAGUUGUCGCAGGAUUACAUCGCCUACUGUUGCGGCCAGUGCGGUCAUCACCAACGAUUCGACAUCAAGGCGGACGAACUACAUAACAUCGGUGACGCGCUCCGCAUGUCGUGCGUCGGCACCAAGACGCCGCCAUCAGACGCCGCCUCAGCCGCCACAACGACAACGUUGGUCAUAUCGUCUGCAGCGACGACGACGACGCCAAGCGACGCAAAGUCAAUCAACUUGCCGGCGCCGCCGGUCAAGAACGGCCACACAACAACUUGGACGAGGCAAUUUCACGACAAGAGUCGGCAACAGAGCAAGGCCAACAAUCUCCAGAAGUCGGCGGCAGAGGCCCCGGAGAACAAUCUGGCCGAGAUGAGCAAAUGCAAGUGCAGUAAAGACGCCGCCAAGACGCUCAUCAAAAGCAGCAGCGGAGCCAACAGCAGCAGCAGCAGUGGAGGAGGCGAUCAAGUCAGCAAGGCUUUGGGGAUCGGAGCGGCUCUAGUCAUGCCUUUCCAUUCCCACCAUCCAGUUAUGAUGGGCUACAAGCCGCUGCUCUCGUCCAUCGACUUCUCCGCAACGGCGGCCACAUCCGGCAAGCCCUCCACCCACAGCAAGUCGUCGUCGUGCAACAGCAGCAGCGUCGGCACACUGUCGUCUUGCGGCUCGUCAAGAUCAGUGUCGCCGUCGUCGGCCAACGAAGGCUACCUCCCCACGCUGCCCGUGAGGACCGAUAGUUUGACCAAUCUAGAAGAAGAAGCCCUGCUCAAAUGCGCUCCUUGGUUCCAGGCCGGAAUUCCUAGGGAAAUAUCUUUGGAGAUAUUGCAACAGGAGCCCGUAGGAUCGUUCCUGGUUCGUGAGUCGACUUCGAAACCAGGUUGCUACGCUCUAUCUGUCCGUGUGCCGAAAGAAUGUCAGAAACCUUCCAUUGCUCACUAUCUAAUCACGCAGACCAACCGAGGAUUCAAAAUCAAGGGAUUCACCAAAGAAUUUCCGAGCCUCACCUCUUUGAUCGUUCACCACUCGGUGAUGCAAGAGCUCUUGCCUUGCCCACUCUUGCUGCACCGCCCAUCGUCCGGGCUCUUGGCCGACUACCUGGAACACGCCAACAACUUUGUCGACAUCGACUCGAGUGUCUUACUCGAACUGACCCGUAAAAAAGGCGUCGAAUAAAAAGGAAAAAACAAAAAACGGUAGCCUCGUAACUUUUUUUUAAAUGUAAACAAUUGUACACAUCGCUCUUCUCUCCCCCCAAUACUUGUUAAUUUCAACGACUCUUACCCUUAUUAUAUUAUAUUAUAUAUACUCAAGUUUCUUUUGAAGGUGUCUUUUUUUUCCAUAUAUAUAUAUACCUAGUCGCUUCAGUUUUUCCUUCUUCUUCCCGGGACAACAACAUUUAUUCAUUAUUUGUGUUUUUCGGACUGGUAACCAUUUUUUUUGUAUCACUCCUACUGCUUCCGUUUUGGCAAUGAUCCAACAACCAUGUUGAUAUUUUUGUGGGGAAAAAAAGCCGUUCCAUUGAUAUUUAAUUGCAAGUACAAAGCGGCGUCCAAUUGAAAUU